UGCGGAAGCAUCGAAGGCUGGCAGCUUAUGCGCAGGCCACUGGGGCUCCAUGGUGCCAGUGCGCGCGUGGGUCCGGCUGCUGCUGAAGCCCCUGCAUCCCCUCGGGCCCCAGCUAGCUCCUGCACCAGGCCACGGGAGGCUCCGCUCCCUGGCCCCACUGGUCCGGCUUCAGCACCUCUGGUCCCCGGGGCUGACCAUGGCAUCGGGCUCCGAGGGGAAGCUGCAGCGCGCUCCGCCCUAUGGUUGGCCCAUGGAUAAACAUGAGAAAAAUGAAAGGGACCAGAAGUCAGUGAUCUGUAUCGAAGGUAACAUCGCGAGUGGGAAAACGACAUGCCUGGAGUACUUUUCUAAAACCACUGACAUUGAGGUUUUGACAGAGCCCGUAUCUAAAUGGAGAAAUGUCCGCGGCCACAACCCUCUGGGCUUGAUGUAUCAGGAUGCCUCAAGAUGGGGGAUAACCUUGCAGACUUAUGUGCAGCUUACCAUGCUGGAGCAACACACCAAGCCUCUGAUUUUACCAGUGCGGAUGAUGGAGAGGUCAAUUCACAGUGCAAAAUACAUUUUUGUAGAAAAUUUGCAUAGAAGUGGCAAGAUGCCUGACGUGGAUUAUGUGGUCUUAUCUGAAUGGUUUGACUGGAUUGUGAAGAACAUGGAUGUUUCAGUUGAUUUAAUAGUUUAUCUCCGGACCUCUCCUGAGACUUGUUACGAGAGAUUGAAGAAGAGAUGUAGAGAAGAAGAAAAAGUCAUUCCGUUGGAGUAUUUGGAAGCCAUCCACCAGCUGUAUGAGGAGUGGCUCAUUAAGCAAACCCUCUUCAAAGUUCCCUCUCCUGUUCUGGUGAUUGAGGCAGACCAGGACACACAGACAAUGACGGAACUCUAUGAGAAAAACCGGGACCAAAUAUUAACUGCAGGGAAUAUGAAGCAUCACUUAUAAAACCAGGAAAUUAAAUCUAUGUGAUCAUAGUAGGAGCCUAUCAGGAUCUGUCAGUUUAGCCAUGAGGAAUAACUUUUUAAGGUCCACUCAAGUGAAUUUUCUAUCACAUCUGAUUAAAAAUAAAUGUGUGUAUGCAUAUACACACAUGCAACACACAAUAACAUACAUGAGAUGUGAAGGGUAUACCUAUAUGUACGUGCAUAUGUAUAUAUGUCUACUUCAAUAUACUAAGUAUUGAAGUGUACAUAUAUACACGUUUGUGUAUACAUAUAUGUCUUUGGUAAAUUGUCAUGGUGUUCAUUUAUUACCUGAGUGUCUGCCAUGAGGCCUAUUGGUGAUGUGGCCCAUCUGAUCUUGGGAUGCGGCCUGCCUGAGAUUUUUAGCCAAAAAAAACCAAAAGUCACUAGCAUCUAACUAUGUAGCAGGCCAUUUAACUGACUGCUAUUGGGAGCUGUGCUAGCAGAUUUGGACCAAUUAAUCCUAAUUGAAGUUGAAUGUCAUUCAUCAUGUAAUUAAAUUCAUGCAGCCCCCACAGGCGUAUAUGGUCCCUGCCACCACUGAAGACCUGGAAUGCUUUUUUUCUACUACGUAGCUCAAUUGUAGGAGGUAUAAUAGUGGACUUUCCACCUUUGGUGCUUUUACUCCCCCAAAUUCCAGGGAAUUCUCGUUUUGCAUUUUGAUGACCUAGGAAUAGCUUCAAUGAUAGAAUCAGAUCUUCCUGACAACUCGAUGGUCCAGCCUUUUGUUGUGAGCAUGGGAACAGGAGCCUGUAUUUAUAGAGAGAAAGCCAGGGGGUGAAUGGAGCCAAGUGUCAUUAUUGUCUGGUAAUUUGUUUGCCAAGUCAUUGAGGGGAAUAAACAAUUGCUGGAUUUUUCUUUUUUUUUUUUCCCCCCACAAGCCAAUGCUGUGUUUGGUCUCGUGAAAUACUAAUGCUUUUACAUGCUGUUUUUAACUGUAUCAUGAGUCUGAGUCUGAGAUGCAGCUUACGUCUACUAUGAAAUCAUGUGACUUUUAUGAGCGUGAAGGCCUUCUUUUCUAGGUGGCACCCUUUCUUACUGGUAGUGUAUGAGGAGAGAAGAGAUGAUGAUCUGGGAUACCCUAAAGAAGGGAUCUCAAAUCUACAGGCUUGCCUUUUUGGACUGCUUGUACCCCACUGUGCUUGGAAGCGUGCCACGAAACGCUUUGGCCCUUGGCUCAGACAAGCGAAAAAGACUACUUAGCAUGAUGGCAAAUAGAAAUGUGUACAUCAAAUAGACUUGACAUUUGAGUCUAAAGUCAUUGUCUUGGACAUGUUGAUUUCUGAGAGCCUUUCUAGUGCUAAGGAUCUAUAAUGGCAUUGCAAAUUUUCUAUGGUGUUCAAAUGUAUUAUUUUUCAUUUUGGGGGAAAUCACUCUUGUCAUUUGGGUAGUUUAUUAAAUGUUGAAGAAAGAGUGGGAUAGCUUGGGGCUCAUUUCAUUCUCAUUGACUAUUUUGUGCCCUUUGAGGUUUUACUGGGAACCUAAUCUUGAGGACAAUACCACGAGGCCCCGUGGUCUCCAAGGAACAUCUACUCCAUGGCUUCUGUUUUUAAAAAAAUGUGUUUUUAUUAAUGUGUUUUUUAUGUCACUGUAAUUUCUAGAAACCCUCCCCUAGUUCCUCCCGACCCAGAGGCUUUGCAUGUAAUAGCAUUUUUCAAAGAAAAAAACAGGAAAAAUUUCAGCAUAACUGAUCAGCACAAUGAAAAAAAUCUGAAAAUAUGUACCAUGUACAAUCGUGGUAGACUUCCCACCUUUGCAAAUAGGUGAGUUGAAGGUGUCUUCUCUAUCUUUUCGAGUUGUGCUUAUUCUUUGUAAUUUUGCAGCAUUCAUUUUUGUGGUGAUUCUUUCUGUUCAUAUGUAACCAUUUUUGCAUGUUGUUUGCUUUGUUUCUGCUUAUUCCCCGCUGCAUCUGUUAGUUCAUGUAGGUCUUUGCAUGCCUCUCUGUAUUGAUCACUUUCAUCAUUUCUCGUAGAACAGUCAUAUUCCAUAACAUUCAUGCGCCACAGUUUCUUUAGUUAUUCCGCAGUCAAUGAGCAUCUUCUUUAUUUCCAGUUCUUACAAAAAAGUACUGCUGUAAGUGUGUUGAUGUGUAUGGGGACUCUCUUCUUAGCCGUGUCCUCCUUGGAGAAUAAACCUAGUAGAGGAAUCUCUAGGUCAAAGGGUACGGACAGCUUGGUCACUUUAUUUGCAUAGUUCCAAAUUCUCCUCUAAAAUGAUUAUACUGAUUUACAGAUCCACCAAUAAUAUAUUAGUGUGCCUAUCUUCCCCUUUUGUCAUCAUUGCUAAUUUAAUUUGCAAGGUGUGAAGUCAAACCUCAGGCUUGUUUCAGUUUGCAUUUCUCCACUGCUUUUAAGCUGAUUCAGAUUUUUUUUUUUGUUUUUGUUCAGAUUGAGGGGUGUGACUUUGGAAAGAGCAUUGGGAUAGGAACCAGGAGCUUUGACCCUACUGUUAACUCACUUUCUGACUGUAGGAAAGUUAUUUCCCCCUUUCCAGGUCCCAGUUUCUUAUCUGUAAAAUGAAAGAUUUGGGCUAUGAAUUGAGAAUCAAAGGAUUUCAGAGUUGGAAGAGAUCAGGGGGCCCCUGUAGUCUAGCCUAUGUCUGAAAAAAUAAAUUUCCUCUGUAACAUA